AUGCAGCUUAUAUCGCGCCCCGACGAGGUUGCGUUUCUCAAACCUGAUGCAAGCCGCAUCAAGUUUUGCGAGCCAGGUCUCACGGCCAAUACACUCGAUGUUGUGGAUGAGGGCAUUCCAUUCUUGCACCAAUGCCUCAUCGUCUCGACCACGGUUGCCAUUGUACCACCGAUGUUUGAAAAACGCAUCGGUGAAGAACUUCUUCCUCAGCACGGAUAG